GUCAAUGGCGAUCUGUUCGUGGAGUGCAAUAAGCAGGUCGCGAGGUUCGCCGACAUGUUGUCGAAGGGGCACAGCAUGCUCGAUGCCAUUGCACGUUCGAGAAACGCUGCCGUUGAUCGCUUGACGAGGGAAGCCGGGCUCAAGAAGCUUGAGCCGCAGUUUGACGAGGGGUCCCUGCCCAAGCGUCCUCGCAAGGAGCUGUGCGACGAGAUCUCUCGCGCAGUUGACGUCAACGUUGACUUCGAAGUUGGCGGUGGGCAGGUCGUCGCAGUCCUGGCAAGCGCCAAGGGUAGAUAUCAAUUGUGGAUCAAGCUCGAUUCGGUGGACAUUCUCGGCCAGAAGCCCAGGUCCGAUGAGCGUGAUAUUUGGUCGCCUUCCGUGCGUAUGCCUGACGUGAAGUGGUUCCGUGCCGGGCGCGCCCUCAUGGCGCAAUAUUUCUGCGCGGAGAAAAACAAGACUGCAUUUGCAGUCAGGACCAUCCCGAGCGAUGGCGCCAGGGAGGCUAUCCAGGAGAGGGUUAAUCGCACUGCUGCGCAAUUACAGAACCUGCAUGACCAGGGUGGCAAGUGA